AUGGUCCUUACACGCAUGGGAGCCCAAUUCCGCAUACGCCAAAGGCUGCGCAACAGGUUGGCGUCCGUGUACCGAUCAGGCGGAGACAUGUUCAACCCUGCGAACCUACAAAUCGACGAAGCCGACCCCUUCCCCCCGCUGCAGGAUCGCGCGCAGCUAGUACACGGCUUCAUACCGCCCAGGGACAUACGUAUUUACAACCCCGCCGCCAUGAUUGUGCGGAAGGCCGCAACCGUGCGUGACCUGGGCAACGACGAGCGAGCGAGGCACACGCGCCUCUGCAUAAACCGCAUCGCAAAGCGCGCACUGCGUGCCGGCAUACGCUACCGGCGUCUGUUGUCCUUUGGCGGCAUGGGUGUCACCUGUCUGUUCGAGGUCAAGAACAUGCAGGGUAUGUACAACAAAUGCGUCGUCAAGAUAGCAAAGCCAGACUGCGAGGAAGAGCUAUACUGUGAAAAGACAAUCAUGAAUACACUCAAAGGGGCACCUCACAUUGUCCAGAUCAAGACGGCACGCGAGCUUCGGGGGCUGCCCGGUGGCUACGCCUCGCAAGCUGUGAACGGAGCGAUGCCACAAGAACCCCCGGUCUCCGUUCGGGCUACCGAUAUGAACGAAGUGGAUCGCGACCCGUCCAUUCUCAUGAUGGAGUACCUGCGUAUGGGAACGCUGGGACACUGGAUUGAGAAAGUCGACAGCUUGAACUCUACGCCUCCAGACGACGUGUUGUGGCAAAUGUUCGCGUGCCUGGUUGACGGCUGCAUUGCCAUGGCUUAUCCUCCGCGGUACCAGGAGCAGAAUGUGGGCAAGAACUCGAUGCUAGAGUAUGUCCCGGCAGAGGAUGAGCUCCGGCGAAACAGGCGCAACCAGAAGGUAUGCAACUACGUGCAUUUCGACCUCGACCCAUCCAAUGUCUUGGUAGACGGCUUCGACAAUGGCGAACACAACAUGGUGCCGCGCAUCAAGAUUGCCGACUUCGGCACCACCCUCAAGGCCGAUCUCAAUUUCAUGAACAACAAGCAGAGGCUCUGGAGCCAGCGAUUCAUCGGCAAGCAAGGCUACUUGAUGCCGGAGCAGUGGACGGCAGAGUGGGAACUGGUGGAGGGCAACCCACUUCGAAACGAGCCAGAAGCUUGCCGCAUCGCCGGCUCCUUCGACGAGAGGUCCAACAUCUGGCAGAUUGGCAUGGUCAUGCUUAACCUCAUCACCUGCUUGGGGCCAGAGACUCCUCCAUACGCGCGCAACGUGCGGCUGCACCGGAACGGACCUAACGACGUGUUGCAUCGCGGCUAUCGGAUCCAAAACCGCGUUGUGCUGACACAUGGGUACAUGUUGAACGACGCCAAAUUGCGGGUUGUAGAGCGCGAGCUGCGCGAAGUUGUCAUGGCCUGCCUGGCCUACAAGCCGGAACAACGGCCGCUGCUGGAAGAUCUUCUGGACAUCUGCGAUGCGAGGCUCCAUGCUGACUUCCCCAAUGCAAACCCCCAUUGGGCGCCGAUGAUGUUCUCGGCCUUAAAUUAUCCGGAUGAGAAGGAUCCGACCGAUCCAUACAACGAUGCCGACGGAGCUGCCGGCGGAGAUGGAGCAGCGCAAGGGGCUGGAGCUGCACCAGGAAACGGAGCUGCACCAGGAGGCGGAGGUGAUGGUGGUGAUGGUGAUGGCGGUGGUGACGGUGCUGCAGCAGGCAAGAGGCUGCGUAUCAAAGUCGUGAAGCGCAAGCAGAAAGCAUGA